GCAGCAAGAAGAAGAGUGGGCGGGUUACGUCGACCUGCAAUCUUCAGGGCGGAUUCCAUAGCACGAUACCCCUCAGAUUUGAUAAGCCCGACGCCAGAAGCGCAGUGGCUAUGCUGAGAAUGGCGGCGAGGGUCUUUGUCUACGGCACGCUAAAGCGCGGGGAGCCCAACCAUCACUGGCUCACCAAUAAGGAAAAUGGCCAGGCCCGGUUUCUGUGCAGGGGGACGACGGCUAUUAAGUUUCCCCUGGUGGUUGGCACUCGCUACAACAUUCCUUUUCUGCUGGCCCGCCCGGGCAAGGGGAACCACAUAGAAGGCGAGGUUUACGAGGUGGACCAGGCCAUGUUCGGCAAACUGGACCAGCUGGAAGACUACCCAGAGUAUUACGAUCGCGAGGAACAGACUAUAUUAACGGAGCAGAAUGAGACCAUCCGGUGUUGGCUGUACCUGAUCCGCAACUUCCCGGAGAAGAUGCUGGCCAAGAAGCUGUUAACCUCGUACCACAACACACCGGAACAGCCGUACAACGAGAAAUUCCUCCUGAUUUUGCAGCUACCUGAACAGCAGCCCAGCGGACCUGGCCACGGAUGAGUGAGACACGAGAGCUUAUAAAAAAGUAACGUUUAUAAACGGAUUUCAACGCAUGGCUAUUAUUCGUAUUCUAUUACAUUGAUUCCAUACUUCAAAAAUGCAAAACGAAAUGAA